AUGGAGACUCCUGAGGAUCGUAUUGUUAUGGUGAUUUUGAUUUUGUUGUUUCCGCCACUAGCCGUUUGGUAUAAGGAAGGAACAUGCGGUUGCUCAGUUUUUCUCAAUAUCCUACUGUAUUUUUGUUUCGUAUUCCCAUCCUAUAUCCACGCCGUCUACGUAUGCUAUCUGAGGGAUCGUCGUUAA